CCACUGAGUCCCCGGCUGUCAGUAGCUGAGAGCGGUGACAGCUGAACACGUUUUCGUCCCUUUGCUUCGAGCCGAAUACAGUCGCCACGAUGUUUGAGGAGGCGAGUGAAGUGUUUGACAACAUGUUCAAGUCCUCGUUCCCCCUGACCUUCAUCGUCUUCAUCCCGGCGGUGCUCAUCCUGGUGUCGCCGCUCCCGGCCGAGGCGGCUCAUGAGUUCACCGUCUACCGCAUGCAGCAGUACGACCUGCAGGGGCAGCCGUACGGUACCAGGAACGCCAUCCUGAACACGGAGGCUCGUACUGUAGAGGCAGAGGUACUAAGUCGUCGCUGUGUUAUCAUGCGACUGGCGGACUUCUCCUAUGACAAGUACCAGAAAGCCCUGCGUCAGUCAGCCGGCGCCGUGGUCAUCAUCCUUCCCAAGAACAUGUCUGCUGUGCCGCAAGACAUAGUUCAGCAGUUCAUGGAGCUGGAACCGGAGAUGUUGGCUACCGAGACCAUCGUCCCCGUUUACUUCGCCAUGGAGGACGACGAGCUGAUGUCCAUCUACACUCAGACGCUCACCUCCUCCUCCUCGCAGGGCGCCUUAUCAGCGGCCGAAGUCCUGCUGCAUACAGCCACAGCCAACGGCUUCCAGAUGGUGACCAGCGGCGCUCAGAGUAAAGCCAUCAACGACUGGGCCAUCACCAGUUUAGAGGGUCGUCUGGCUGGAGUCGGAGGAGAAGACCUUCCCACCAUCGUGGUGGUGGCUCAUUACGACUCCUUCGGCGUCGCUCCCUGGUUGUCGUACGGAGCUGACUCCAAUGGCAGCGGCGUCUCCAUGUUGCUGGAACUGGCUCGACUCUUCUCCAAACUCUACACCUACAAGAGGACACACGCUGCGUAUAAUCUGCUUUUCUUUGUGUCCGGAGGAGGAAAGUUUAACUACCAGGGAACCAAACGCUGGCUGGAGGACAACCUGGACCACACAGACUCCAGUCUGCUGCAGGACAACGUGGCCUUCGUGUUGUGUCUCGACACUCUGGGAAACGGAGACUCGCUUCACCUCCACGUGUCCAAACCUCCUAAAGAGGGAACCCCUCAGUACUCUCUGCUCAAAGAACUGGAGAUGGUGGUCUCGAGUCAGUACCCGGAGGUGAAGUUCUCGAUGGUGCACAAGAAGAUCAACCUGGCCGACGACAUGCUGGCGUGGGAGCACGAGCGCUUCGGGAUCCGCCGCCUGCCGGCCUUCACUCUGUCCCACCUGCCGUCGCACCGCCUGGCUCAGCGCUCCAGCAUCAUGGACGUGCGGUCAGUGUCCCCCUCCUCUCGCCACGGAGCGGGAGAGCCCCCUGCUGGGCCUCACGUAGACGUGAAGAAGCUCGGCAGGAACACCAAAGUGGUGGCCGAGGCGCUGGCCAGGGUCAUCUACAACCUCACCGAAAAGUCUGCUGCAAAGGGGGCACCCGGAGACCUGCAGAUCUUCACAGAACAGAUGCAGGUGCAGGAGGAGCAGCUCUCGGCGGUGGUGGACUGGCUCACAGCGCAGCCUCGAGCCGCCCAGCUGGUGGACAAAGACAGCAGCGUGGUGUCCACUCUGGAGUACCACCUGGGACGCUACCUCAAGGACGUCAAGAAGCACUACGUCAAAGCUGACAAAAGGGAUCCAGAGUUUGUUUUCUACGACCAGCUGAAGCAGACGAUGAACGCUUACAGAGUGAAGCCGGCUAUUUUUGACCUGCUGCUGGCUGUCUGCAUUGCAGCCUACUUAGGGAUGAUGUAUCUGGCCAUCCAGAACUUCGGCGUCCUGUACAGCGUGGUCCGUAGAAUCACUCAGCCCAAAGCCAAGACCCACUAAGACUCCCCGACCCGCUGCACCGUCUCCUCCAAUCAGUGAACUCUAGCCAGUAAGGAUGCAGAAGCCGGACCGAGCUGCUGCUGCUGCUGCUCUCGCGACGGUUUCCAAACCAGCAGAAUCACUUCCAUUUCUCUCCACGAACUAUGAUGUCAGAUCCUGUCUUGCUGCCAACUCGACCCGUUUGGUCUCCGCCACCGGAAUAAUCAGGAAUCACAUUUUUCUCUCCGCGGGCGUCCUGGCGCUCGCUCGAGGACGCGUCUCGUCGUCCGGCUCUCCGAGGGAUGUCCGUGAGGUUAUAACGUUUCUUCUCAGUGAACUUUACGAGCCAAACCGACGUCGUGUGUUUUUUUUCUCAGGCAGCUAGAGGGAGAAGAGAGUUCAGCCCGACCCGUUUCCUUUUUGUCCUGUUCGCCCACCUGUUGCUCGGGUUUUCAGGUCUUUCUCAGCGCAACACUCCUGCGAUCGUUCGUGCUUUUGAAAGAGUUAUUGAUCGCUGCGUCCCUCCUUAAACCCACAGCACAACCCAUGACAGGAUUAGGUUCACCACACAGCCUCCAAAGGUGUUUGUGCUCAGACCAGACUCUGGCUUUUUGGGUUUUUUUUGGUCUCCUGAAGCUUGUAACUGAUGAUUAUGUUCAGGAUUUAUUCAUUUGUUGCUUUAAAAUUGAUAAAAAGGCAGACGGUUGCAUCUUCAGCUGGAUCAGAUCAUCAUGGAGGUCGAUAAGUGAUCAUCAGAGGAAAAAUUCAAAUCUUGGAAAUUCAGAAUAACUUCAUUAAAAUGUCUUUUUUUUGGUUUGUUUAACUAAACUAGAGGUUUUGAGCCGUCUGAUUACCAGUAGAGAUGCCUCGACACACGUUUUUUAACCAUUAGUUUAAUAGGAAAUCAAUUUAAAUUAAAAAAAGAUCCUUAAAAUGAGGAAAAACCCUGAAUAUUUGAUCUGAUUGAUCAUCUGAUCAUCCUCACAUUAAAUAAAUCCAAACCAGCGAGUUCUCUUCAUACAUUUCCUGUUUAUUUUCCCCCUUCACAGCCACCAGUAACUCUUCAGUCGAGUUUUGUGCCGAGACGGACUUCAAGAUUAAACCCCUGAACUCGUUCCUUGUUUAAAUCCUCAGUUUAUGGAGAAUAAAAAAUAAAAAGAAGACGAGCUGUGAACGAAAUGUGAAGUAGUGUUUAGAUAUUUCCUCCUGAUUCCUGCGUUUGUCGUGAAUUUGUUCCAAACUAACAUUUAUUUUUUUUUCUUUUUCUUGCCAAAAUCACAAACUCUGUACGAAUCUCCCCGUCUGGUGUGUAGUCAUAGAAAUGUUUGCCUCUUUUUUUUUUUUCUUCUGUUGCCGUGCCUGUGUGUGUGUGAGUGUGUGUGAGUGUGUGUGUCUUAUUUUUACAAGUGUUUUAUUAAAAAUCCUGAAUUGAUUAUGAAAUAAAUAAAGAAGCCGAAGAAAAGGAACCCGAGGGCUGGAAAAGGUCA